GAACGUAAACAUCCCAAAGCGGAAGUGGCUCCUCGCUGAAGUUUGAAGAGUUGAAUAAUGAAUUAAAAACUGGUCUUCUCUUCGUCUGUUGUAGUCGCAGAAACUUUUAUUAGAGAGAAGACAAGCUACACUAAGUCACAGCUACUAAAACAUAAAUAUUUACGAUGCAGGCGCGUAAGAAACCGUACGAACAGUAACGUUGUGCCUCAGAUUAUAUAUGAACGUGUUGCUGCGAACACAGGAGGAGUUCCGACUGUCAGGAAAUAUCAUAGACUGUAUAUAAACAUCAGGAGUAUUUAAUCUCCAACCUGGAGACGUCAUGGCUCGGUACAACGAGGUGAAGCUUCUGCUGAAAAACUGGGAGCAGGAGUUCGUCCAGCAGCACCAGAGGAAACCCAACAAGGAGGACGUUGAUCAAGCUCCAGAAGAGACCAGGAAACUGUAUAAAGAAUAUCGCGAUUUGAAACAAGCCAAAGAGAACAGCAGCAGUGAUGCAGCCAGCGAACAGUGUAAAACUACAGCUGAGAAGUCAGACUGCUGGGGCGCUCAUCUGAAUCGCAGUAUGAUGCCGGUGUCUUGUCCCAAACUGACAUCUGAGGACAGAGAUAGUCUUAAGGCCUCGUCACAAUAUUAUGGCCUGAAGCUUAAACAUAACCUGGCCACACUCAGUAAGGAGGAACCUGUCUCCCUGCGGAAAUCAGUCCUUCCUGGUCGAGUUCCUUUUAACUCAUUGAAAAGUCGACAGAUUGGUCAAACGCACAGCCCUGUUGUUGCUGCUGUCACUGACAAGACCACACCCACUAACCCUGCAUCCAGCCCCUUUUCACCGAGAAGAGUGAAGACUUGCUUGGGGUCUCUGGUGUCAAAGACGCAACAAUCCGAGGAAAGCGAUGAGCCGUUUGAACCUUUUGAACUUGUUAAAGAAUUAAGUGAUGAACAUUUAGAUGCAGCUAGUAGUGGUAGUAUUACUAAAUUAAGUGAUUUAAGUAGUAGGGUUAGUACCAGUAAAGUACUUGGCUCACAAAAUCCCUCCUCAGCCAGAUCUUCUGCCUUGUUGAUGUCGUUGUCUCCUCCAAGUAACAGAGAAACCUCAGGAGAAGACUUUGCGGCACCAGGAAAAUUAAAUGACACUAUUGGAGCUUCAAACAAAAAAUAUAAUUCUGAAACAAUAGGAACUCCACGUCAGAGUCUUGGUUCUUUGAGAGGAAGUCCUCAGUUUCUUGGAGGUUUCAGAGGAGGAGCUGGAGCUAAUGUUGCAGAAGGAAGGCCCUCUCCUGUCAGCAGGCUGAGUUUUGUUGACAAGAAGUGGCUGGAGAGGUGUCAGGUGUUUGGAGAGAUAGGGGCAGAGGAGAGACCUGGAGCAGGCAACCAGGAGGUGCAGGCAGAGAGAAAAGAAGAGAGGGAACCACAAGGAGAAAUACAAGGAGUUGAAAGAGCAGACAAAGGAGAAAUAGAUGCAGAGGGAGAAAGAAGAGAGGCGAUAGACUUAGGAAGAGAUGAAGGCAUUAAGAGCAAUAAGAGUGAUGAAACAGGUGCUGAUAGUGUUGCUCAACAACCCUCCAAAAAAAACAAAGAAGGAGGAGAAGAAAAAAAGAAAAAGAAGAGAGGUGAGGAGAUGCAAAGAGAACCAACACCACCUCCAACAAUAGAGGAUGAGGGUGAGACUCGUCCCAAGUCCAAAGGUACAAAGAAGAGAGGGAGGAAGAGGCAGAGAGAGGGAGACGACACAGAGGGAGGAGUGAAGAAGAAGAGGAGUGUGAAAAAGAAAGAGGAGAGCUCUGAUUUGAAUCCCAGCCCAUCUCGAAAAGGAGGGAAGAAAAGGAAAACUAAGGGAAAGAAUGAGGAAGAGGAAGAUGGAGAAGAGGAUGAGAAACAAAUCAAGGAACCAAAAAAGGUGCCCCAGGAGAACUUGUUAGGAGAGAUAGACGAGGAAUUUCUGACGAAGAGAAUGUGUCAGAGUCAGCCUGUGAGAGCCAGAGGCAUGAAAGGUGCUGAGGGUAACUUUGUGAAGAUAAAUCUGAAGAAGAAAUCUCAUGUCAAAGGUUACGCACUCAGAGGAAUGGCUCUACGCAAACAGUUGUACAUGCAGAAGUUCCAGCUGAAAGGUGAACGUUUUGGUGGAGGCGGUGGUUUCUUUGGCAGAGGAAGGAGAGGAGGCUUUAGAGGGGGGCUCAAUCGACAGGGUGACACCUGCUACAAGUGCGGAGGAACCGGACACUGGGCCAUGGACUGCAAAGGACGAGCUCCUCCCCCUCCUGUUCCCGAGGACGGACCUGUUGAAGAAGAGCCGUUUGAACUUCCAACUCUGGAGGAGGUUGCCCGGGCAACUGGAACACUGCAGCCUCAGCCGCUUUUGUCAUCCCCCAGUGUCAGUGAGGAGCAACAGCAACAGAAUAAUGAAGCGGAGCAUAAAGACGACGUGUUGUUGAAAGUGAUUCGUCCUGAUUACGAGCGACCCGCUCCUCCGCCACCGAUGGAACCACUUUAUCCCAUCACAGAUGAUGGAAAAGUUCAGGCAACACCUGCUGAUGUGUAUGCAGCUCUGAAAGACCUCGGCUAUGAGUCAUUUCGACCAGGACAGGAGGAGGCCAUCAUGAGGAUCCUGUCAGGUCUCUCUACCCUGGUCGUGUUGUCAACGGGAAUGGGUAAAUCGUUGUGCUAUCAGCUUCCGGCGUACUUGUACGCUCAGAGGUCAAAAUGUAUCACACUGGUCAUCUCACCUCUCGUCUCACUCAUGGAUGAUCAGCUGUCUGGUCUGCCAGCCACGCUGAGGGCAGCCUGCAUCCACUCCAACAUGACCAUGAAACAGAGGGAAGCUGCCAUAGAAAAGGUGAAGUCCGGCCAGGUGUGUGUGCUGCUCCUCUCUCCGGAGGCUCUGGUUGGUGGAGGUGGCUCAGGUGUAGGGUGUCUGCCCUCUGCUCAGGAGCUCCCUCCUGUGGCCUUUGCCUGUAUAGACGAAGCUCACUGUGUCUCUGAGUGGUCACACAACUUCAGACCGUGUUACCUGAGGCUCUGUAAGGUAUUAAGGGAGCGUUUGGGAGUGCAGUGCUUGCUGGGACUCACUGCUACGGCCACGCAAUCUACUGCUCUGGACAUCGCUCAGCAUCUGGACAUCACCGAUCAAGAAGGCAUCGCAGUUCGAUCUGCAGCAGUGCCUCCCAACCUGUAUCUGUCUGUGUCCAUGGAUAGAGAGAAGGAUCAGGCUUUAGUGUCCUUGUUAAAAGGCGACCGCUUUGGUUGUCUGGACUCCAUCAUUGUCUACUGCACCAGGAGAGAGGAGACUGCUCGUGUGUCAGCGCUGCUCAGGACCUGCCUGCAGGGGGUGCUGGUGAAAGAAAACAAACAAAACAACAGCAGCCAGACACAAAACAGCUCCUCAGCACAGAGGAAGAAAGACCUGGCAAGGAAGAAGAUACGUAAGCCACUGAAGUGGCAGGCUGAGACGUACCACGCCGGCCUGACAGCGUCUGAGCGCCGUCGUGUCCAGAACAACUUCAUGUGCGGGGAGCUUAGAAUAGUGGUGGCCACUGUGGCUUUUGGCAUGGGCCUCGAUAAAUCUGAUGUUCGUGGUAUCAUCCACUUCAACAUGCCAAAGAGCUUUGAGAGCUACGUUCAGGAAAUUGGGAGGGCAGGGAGAGACGGAGAAGCGGCCCAUUGUCACCUCUUCCUGGACCCUGAGGGCGGAGACCUCCAUGAGCUUCGUCGUCACAUCUAUGCAGACACAGUGGACCACUACACAGUGAAGAGGCUGGUCCAGAAAGUUUUCCCUCCAUGUAAAUGUAAACAGAUACACCAGAAACAACAGGAGCUCGUCAAGGACAUUGACGACAAUGAGCUGUUGGAGAUGAUGGAUGUGUGUGAUCAGGAGAUCCUCAUGAACCCUCCUACUCAGCAGGACGUAGAAGACGCAGACAAACCAAAACCUGCUGCUGCACAGGAGAUGUCACAUCCCGGUCCGUUACCAAUCCAGGAAGACAGAGAUGAAGGAAAGGUAAACGAGGAGAGUAAAGAGGAGCAGGCAGUAAAAGAUGAGGGAGCUGAUGGUUUGUGUGUGGAGGUGAAGGCAGCCGGAGAUUUGCUGAAAGACGACAGAGAAGAGAGCAGUGAUUGGCCCCGAGAGCGAGUGUGUCACACGCACGAGAGAGCGAUUCCCAUCCAACAGACUGUGGAGGCUCUGGACAUCACAGAGGAAGGUGUGGAAACUCUGCUCUGUUAUCUGGAGCUGCAUCCUCAGCGCUUCGUCGAACUUCUUCACCCCACCAUGUCUGUGUGUAAAGUCAGCUGCUAUGAUGGACCGAGACAGCUCCAGAAAAUCACAAAAAUCUGCCCUCCCGUCGCUGUGGUCCUGGCUAGAAGGCGAAUGGCGGGCGAGAAAGUGGAAUCCUGUGAUCAGCUGGAGUUUGACGUCGUCGAGGUUGCGGACACUAUGGGAUGGCAGCUUCCUAUUGUAAAGAGGGGACUCAGACAGCUGCAGUGGAGCACCGGCAGAGCUGGCGGGCGUAGCGGCAUCCAAGUUGAAUUCUCCUCUCCGUCUUUCUACUUCCGCUCCUUCGGUGACCUGAGCGACGAGGAGAUGGACAGAGUUUGUCGGUUCCUCCAUAAUCGGGUGCAGGACCAAGAGAGGACACAGCUCUACCAGCUGACCGCCUGUUUUAAGGCCUUCAAGAGUGUUGCCUUCCAGAGCGUCUUGUCCUGUGUCCAUGACUUGGAUGCGUCCCGCAGUCUGCAGCUGAAAAACCUUCUCUCUGAAUACUUUGACAAGCGGCGAGACAGAGAGCACACACUCAAAACAAUGGAGCUUGAGGAGCUCGACAAAUAUAAACUGUUGGACUUUGAAAAUCAGAUCCGAGCGGACAUCAGAAGUUUUCUCUCAAACCGGAGCGACGAGAAGUUUUCUGGAAGAGCUGUUGCCAGAAUCCUCCACGGCAUAGGCAGUCCGUGCUAUCCUGCCCUGACCUACGGCCGAGACAGACGCUACUGGAGGAAGUACAUUCAGUUCGACUUUAACCAGCUCAUCAGACUGGCCACUCAGGAAAUCAUAUACUUCAAGUAACUGACCGAACAUGCACGAACACGCAUGCUGAGGAUGCACAAUUCUACCAUAAAACACCUUUACACCAUAUUGUUGGGUAAUUUAAAUUAUGCUGUUUUCUGUGUUUUUGUAUACAUGUUAAAAAGUUUUUU